AUGGGCGUCUCAUUACGGCGCCGCCUCACGGGGGGGAGGAGGUCGUUUACGCGAAACCGAUUUGUCGUUCCGAUUGCUGUUAUUCUCGCGACUGCUUUGAUGUUUUAUUGCUCCAAUCUCUACCGCAUGUCUCUGCUUCGCUAUGACGGUGUGCGCCUGGACUCAAUAUGGGAUUCUAUCGCAUCAACCACAUCGCCAUCGCCGUCGCCGUCGCCGUCGCCAUCAUCACCGCCAAAAGCACCAAAGGUGGAGGUUCCAGUCUCAGAUCCCACCAACUUUCUGAAGAAGGUCCAGGCCAAAUUCAAUUCCACCAUCCACAGCGUGCACGCCGACACAUUCAUGACCGUUGAGGGGUACAACUACACCAUCCGGAAUGGUUCCAACCGCUGGACCGAGCCUCUGGGUCAGCGUCUGCUGAUUCUCGAUGCCGAUUCCCGAGUGAGCGAGAAGGAGAUUGACUCCAUGCUCACGCCUUCACCUCUCAACGAUGACAUCAUGUCUGGACGAACAGCUGGGAUGCUGAACCACUUCCUCUAUGCCCUCAUCCACGGCUAUGACUAUCGUCUGGUCAAGUCACCUCCCAUGACCGAUCGUCACGGGACCUGGUCCAAGGUCUCACUCAUCAAGGAAGCCCUCAAGACGCACGACUAUGUCGUCUUCCUGGAUGCCGACGCGACCUUCCAGUACUAUCGCCUGCCUUACGAAUGGCUCAUGAGUAUGUGGAAUUUCGGAAAAGACAGUCUCGUCGCCAUGCCCGAGGAUCCCAAUUCGCCCGUCAACCAAGAUUCCAAGGGCUGGGUUCUCUGGAAUACCGGCUUUGUCACGGCGCAGCAGAGCGAGCGCACCCAGGAGAUGUUUGAGCGCUGGGAGAGUUGUCCAUUGGGCGAGCGAUACCCCGAGUGCAAGCAUUGGGGCAAUGACUGGUCGCAUGAACAGGCUGCAUUCGGAAAUUUCGUUCGAUAUGAGUAUGAGGUCGGUAAAGGCAAGGAUUUGGUGCCUAUCCCUUGCAUGGACGGUAACGGAGCAAACUACAUCGUGGACAAGAAGUGCGGCGGUGUCUUCGUGGCCCAUCACUGGUUCUACAAGGAUUUCCCAACCCGAGAGCUGUAUGAGAAGCUCGACGACUCCUUCGUGGUUGAUAUGCAGAAUUACUUCCACUUGAACCAGAAGAAGUACUAUGUCGAUGCUUCAGAAUACACGUAUCCGCUCAACGAUCUCAAGAUCUAG